AUGCCUAAACGAAAGAAAAGAACACAGUCUACUGAGAGUGACUCUUCACUAAGUAGUGGUCACUCUCGCCACCGCAGGCAUACAAAGAGUGGCAAGAGUAGCAAGAGUAACAGGCGCCACCGAUCAAGGCACCGUAGUCGUAGCGGUGCCAGGCGUUUAAGGCACCAUGGUCGCGACGAAACGAGACGGCCGCGACGCUCGCGGAGUGUAAGGUCGUAUACUCCUGUCAUGCCCCAGGCAUCCACGGGCGUGGUGCAUACGGCUCAUAUGGCGCAGACUGCUGCUUCACCAGGCGUGACUCCAGUUGCUACAGACCUCACAGAUCUGACUGAAAAUGACUUGACGCAACUAAGAUCUGACGCUUCCCAAAAUAUACAGACGCAGGCAGAAAAGGCUAAGGAUAAUUUUGAUAAACACCGAAAAAAAAAUGUAGUAUUUAAAGAGGGAGAUUUAAUCAAAGUCGUAAGGGCACCUACUGGUAUAGAAGGACAGUCAAAAAAAAAU